GGGUUCGCUAUUGCUUUAAAUAGAGAAGGUAACCUCUCUAAUUCCAUUAACUGAACAGCAAGAGAUCGCACAGAGCUAGAGAGAGAGAGAGGUGAAGAGAAGAGGCAUGGAGGGAGGAAAAGGGGUGGUGAAGCACAUAGUCCUGGCCAAGUUCAAAGAAGGAACCACAGAGGAAGAAAUUGAGAAACAUAUAAAGAACUAUGCCGAUCUCCUCAACCAUAUCGAACACAUGAAGUCUUUCGAGUGGGGGACGGACGUGAGCAUUGAGAACCUUCAUCAAGGUUUCACUCAUAUCUUUGAGGCUACUUUUGACACAUUAGAGGGCCGAUCAGCAUAUGUAGCUCAUCCUGCUCAUGUUAAAUUUGGCACAGCUUUGUUUCCUACCUUGGAGAAAGUCAUUGUGUUCGACUACGUCCCCAAAGCUUAAACAGUAGGAUUUCUAAAGGCUAGUCUUCUGCUAUAUAUCCUCCUCUAGCCAUGCAUGAUGCAUUCUGUGAUAAUAAUGGGAUGGAUUAUGUGAUGUAAUAAUCUCUGGAGUUGAAUCUCCAAAGUAGUAUUUGUUUGUAUUUUCUGUUUAUGUAUUUCCAAGUGUAGCUCCUGAAAUAAAUGGAACAAAGGGAGAGAACGUAUAGCUUCCAGAAUUUGAGCACAAAA